CAAAGCUACUGCAUUUGAAUUUUAAUUUUGUUUCACUUGUUAACUGACAAACAGCUAACAACAUUCAUGAUGGACUUACAGAACCAGUCCAUAAAAGUCGAGGGGGGUGUAGACGAUGGAGCUAGACGAAAUACCUUAAGAAAGGAGUUGAUCACAACAAUUAUUGAAGGCGUCACCACCCCUUACGAAGGCUUCCUUCGAACUGUUCAAAAUUCAGGUGAUCUGCCAUGUCUGGGAACGAGAGGGGGACCUGAAAACAAGUAUCAGUGGAUCACUUAUAAAGAGGUAAAUGAUCGCGCCACCAAUCUUGGAUCUGGUUUGGUUCAUCUUGGCUGUGAACCUUCUCAAAAGACAUUUGUCGGAAUUUACGGUCCUAAUUGUGUUGAGCAAAUGGGUUCUAACAAUCCUCAAGAGAGAAAUCCUGGGAGACCCGAGGAUACCAUGACUGUCUGUUAUACAAGUGGAACAACGGGUACGCCAAAGGGUGCCAUGCUUAGUCAUGGAAACAUAAAUGCUGGGAUCGCUGGAAUUCAAGUCCAAUACGAGGAAUCUGGUCUCCAGAUGAUAGAAGGAGACUGUAUGAUCUCUUAUCUCCCAUUGGCUCAUAUGUAUGAGCGACUGGCUCAGGCAAUGUGCUUCUUAAAUGGGGUAAAAAUUGGUUUCUUUCGAGGAGACGUAAAACUUCUGCUGGAUGAUAUUCAAGAGCUAAAGCCAACAAUUUUUCCUUCUGUACCAAGACUGCUCACUAGAGUUUAUGACAAGGUCAUGGCGCAGGUUUCCCAAAGCAAACUGAAAAGCUGGCUUUUUAACAGGGCACUUACAUCUAAAGAGGCGGAUCUGAAAAAGGGAAUAAUCAGAGGUGACACGAUUUGGGAUCGCACCGUGUUCAAGAGAAUUAAGAUGGCCCUUGGUGGAAAUGUUCGGCUGAUUGUGACUGGAGCCGCUCCCCUGUCGGCUAAAGUGAUGACGUUUCUAAGAUGCACCAUGGGAGUUUGUUGCGUCGUAGAGGGCUAUGGACAGACUGAAAGUACUGCGGCAGCAACCAUUACUUUCCCGAAGGACACGUCUGUUGGUCACGUGGGAGCGCCGAUUCCGAGUAAUCAAAUCAAGUUGGUUGACGUGCCAGAAAAGGAGUGUUACGCUAAAGACGGUAAAGGAGAGAUCUGUAUAAAGGGACCGACGGUUUUCCAAGGCUACUUGAAAGCUCCGGAGAAAACCGCCGAGACUGUUGACAAGGAUCAGUGGCUCCACACUGGUGAUAUAGGAGAAUGGCUUCCGAAUGGGACCUUGAAGAUAGUCGAUCGUGUCAAGCAUAUCUUUAAGCUUGCCCAGGGUGAAUACGUUGCUCCAGAGAAGAUCGAAAAUGUUUACCUACGCAGUACUUUGGUUGCUCAAGCGUUUGUGCAUGGAGAUAGCUUACGGUCAUUUGUAGUGGCAAUCAUUGUUCCAGAUCAGGAAGUGCUGGAGCCCUGGGCACGAUCUACAAAGAUCCAAGGAGACUUUGCAGAGCUGUGUGAGAACGAAGAAGUAAGAAAAGCAAUUAUGGAGGACAUGACUAAAAAAGGCAAAGAGGGCAAUUUGAGCUCGUUUGAACAGGUUAAAGAAAUCCACUUGCACAAUGAAUUGUUUUCCGUCGAAAACGGGUUUCUGACGCCAACAUUCAAGACUAAACGAGCACUGGUUGCCAACGCUUUCGAGCAAAAAUUCCUUGAGCUGUAUGAAAAAGUCGACAAGCGGAUGCAGUAUGUGCGGUCAACAAGUUUUGAAAUUCAGCAAGUUGUUUAGUUAAAGAAGUCAGUACGCACAGCUUAUUCAAGUACUGACGAGUAUUGUGUCGAUUUACCUUUCUGUUUUGAGCUUUACCAAAAACGCUAUACGCUUUUUAAACACCGUGAGUUACUGGAUAGUGUGGUUUUCGGUAACUCGUGUGAGACAACUCAGUUGAGGAAGCCUGAAAUACGCCUCUUAACUACUAAAACGUUCGCGCAUGUCCACUGUGUUCCUCAUAGGUAGACUAUGAAGCUGGUAGCUGCAGUGAGAUAUCAGUCAAUCAAUUUUUAAUCAUAUCAAAACUGAACUUUUGUUUCGUAUAUGAAUCAUAGAGUAUCGAUUUAGAGCGACACUUCUUUGAUUGUCAACCUUAAGUUGAUAAAAGACGGCGGUAUAAAUCCCCGCGGCAAAUUUUUAAAAGCUAACGUGUAAUACCUAGCAUUUCGUUCGAAAUGCUCAAAACGUCGGCAUGGUUUACCUACUUUCAUUAACUGUAUGUAGUUGAUAACCAAGAGGUCAUUAGCCCGUCGACGUAGCACAACAAUUUCUAUAGCAACAUAUAACUUAUGUAUCAACUCCACACGUCAUCAUUCAAUACAAUAAACAACGAUACAAUUACAAAGA